CUGUGUUAGCCGCGAAAUUCCCGUCUCUUCAUUUCAUUUUUUUGCCUUUUUUUAUACAGUUUCCUCAACGCAAACAUGGUUGCUGAAAAUGCUGUUUUAAUCAAGCAGGGAGCUGAAGCACGUGUGUUUCAUUUACCCACUUUUCUUACACAACCUGAAGGUUGCAUUGCCAAAGAGAGAUUUAAAAAGAGCUAUCGCCACCCUGAUCUCGACCAAUACUUAACUAGUCGACGUGUAGCUCAAGAAGCCCGUAGUUUGUAUAAAUGUAAGAAGGCAGGCAUGGAUACUCCCACUGUGUAUUUCAUCGACAUGGCCUCGGCAACCAUUUACAUGGAAAACAUUACGGGUGAAACUGUCAAACAACGACUGUUAGAAAAUCAAGAGAAUGAAUACAAAGAUGUCGAUACAGAAACCAUGGCAAAAAGAAUCGGCGUUUCACUAGCAAAGAUGCAUAGCUUGAACGUUAUUCAUGGUGAUCUGACCACAUCCAAUCUGAUGUUGAGAAAAGCCGGUGAUUCAGUGGUGGUCAUUGAUUUCGGUUUAAGUUUUGUUUCUUCCUUGAUUGAGGAUAAAGCAGUAGAUCUCUAUGUUUUGGAACGCGCAUUUUCAAGUACUCACCCCAAAACAGAAGCAUUGUUUGAAAAGGUCCUUGAACACUAUUUAAGUGUCUCUAGUCAGGCAAAGUUGAUUUUAUCCAAGUUAGAAGAUGUGAGAUUGAGAGGACGUAAGCGAAGUAUGGUUGGAUAAUAACCAAUAUUCAAUAAAGUGUAGUUACAUACAUUUUGUGUGAACGGAAUCCUCUUUUAGAGUGAUAUGAACAAAGUGAAUUAAAAAUAAGUAGAAUAUCAAUCUUUCAGUUAUUCUCUUCAAGUG